UUCACACCCUUGUUCCCCUUGUCCCCGGACUUCAAAAUUCAAAUCUUUCUUGAAAACAAUUCCAAAACCUUUUUCUACUGUUUCUGGCUACCCAGCUAGAAUAAUUAAUACCCAAACUAAUCCCACCGCUUAAUUCAUUCAAAGACUCGAUUCUUCGGUGCCAUGUACUCUUUCUCUCUCUUCAUGGAUUCAAUUCAAUAAAGAAAUGCUUCAGUGAUACAAAAAGCAGAGAUUGGGGGAAAGAAUUUGAAGUAAAACAUCGAACUACUUUUCAAUUUUGAGGGUUUGAGUGUCGGUGUUCAGUAUGAACGCGCUGGGAAGACACGGCCAAAGAUCUGGGUCAUCGGCGGCGGCGCAACACCAGCGUCAGUACACCGAUAACUUCGUAGACGUCAGUUCUUCAUCUAAUGGCCAAUGGCUACAAUCUGCUGGUUUACAGCACCUCCAACAGCAAUCUUCCAACACUUCUUCAUCCAUGGACUUUGGUUACUAUAAUGGUAAUGGAGCUCAAGAUUCGAGAAUGUAUAACAACAGUAGAAACAUCAGUACACAGAUGUCCGUAACCGGAGGGACUAAUUUGUUCACAGAGCCAUUCUCGCCGCCGGCUCGCCAUAAAAAGUUCGGUGGGGUCGGCGGCGAUGAUCCCAGCGACUUUAGUCCCGGUCUCUUGGAUCUACAUUCCCAUGACACCGAACUUAUUUCCGACGUGCCAAUGUCCGGUGCUUCAUUGUACGCAGAUCCGUACUACGAAAACAGCAAACAGAACAGUAAAAAAGAUAAGGGCAGCACAGUUGCAAAGAUUAAAGUUGUGGUGCGUAAGAGACCAUUGAACAAAAAAGAGUUAGCAAAAAACGAGGAAGAUAUAGUUACUACCGAAAGCCAUUCCAAUUGCCUUGCAGUUCAUGAAACAAAACUCAAGGUUGACCUAACAGAAUACUUGGAGAAACAUGAAUUUGUGUUUGAUGCAGUGCUAAAUGAGGAGGUUUCUAAUGAUGAGGUUUAUCAUGAAACUGUGGAACCCAUUGUUCCAAUAAUUUUUCAACGAACAAAAGCAACAUGUUUUGCAUAUGGGCAAACAGGAAGUGGAAAGACUUUUACAAUGAAACCAUUACCUCUUAAAGCAUCACGUGAUAUCUUGAGAUUAAUGCAUCACACAUAUCGAGGCCAAGGUUUUCAAUUACAUUUCAGUUUCUUUGAGAUAUACGGAGGCAAACUUUUCGAUCUCCUCAAUGAUAGAAAAAAACUUUGCAUGAGAGAAGAUGGAAGCAAACAAGUAUGCAUAGUGGGGUUGCAAGAAUACAGAGUCUCAGAUGUGGAAACAAUCAAGGAGUUAAUUGAUAGAGGGAAUUCAACAAGAAGCACAGGGACAACAGGGGCAAAUGAGGAAUCUUCAAGAUCACAUGCCAUUCUUCAACUUUGUGUUAAGAGAUCUGUUGAUGGAAGUGAAUUAAAACCUGCUAAAGUUGUUGGAAAGCUCUCGUUUAUAGAUCUUGCAGGAAGUGAAAGAGGUGCAGAUACAACUGAUAAUGAUAAGCAAACAAGAAUGGAAGGUGCUGAGAUUAAUAAAAGUUUGCUUGCAUUAAAAGAAUGCAUAAGAGCUCUAGACAAUGAUCAAGGUCACAUUCCUUUUCGUGGAAGUAAAUUAACAGAAGUAUUGAGGGAUUCCUUUGUUGGAAAUUCAAGAACAGUUAUGGUUUCUUGCAUUUCACCAAAUGCUGGAUCAUGUGAACAUACUCUCAACACCUUACGAUAUGCAGAUAGGGUGAAAAGUCUCUCAAAAGGGAACAAGAAAGAGACAAUAAACCUCAAGGAAUCGACAACUCAACCUGAAGAAGAUGAUUAUGAUGUUGACACCACAGAAGAGUUUUAUGAGCCAAAAUUAGAAUCAAGAAACUGGAACCCAGAUGAUGAUUUGAAUGCACUUUUAAAGGAGGAAGAGGAGCUUGUAGAUGCUCAUAGGAAACAAGUGGAGGAUACAAUGAAUAUCGUUAGAGUGGAGAUGAAUUUACUUGUGGAAGCAGAUAAACCAGGGAAUCAGCUGGAUGAUUACGUGGCAAAAUUAAACACAGUUUUGGCUCAAAAGGCUGCAGCCAUUUUGCAAUUACAGAAUCGUUUGGCUCAUUUUCAAAAGCGGCUUAGGGACCAUAAUGUUUUGGUUUCAUCCUCUGGUCUAUAAUUACAUUUCAAAACACUAAAUGUAGUUUUUUUUUUUCAUUACUUGUUGAUGCGAUUUUAUUUUUUCAAUAUACUUGAUGAAUACUGAAAGAUUAAUAAACUUUUUAUGAUGAGAAUCCAUAAGCAGUGUAUGAUUAUGUUGCUAUAA